UCGAGAGCUUCAGCUGCGCAUUUCGCAGCGAAAAUGGCGGACCCCGUCGAGGAGCAGCCGCCGCCGCCGCAGCAGCAGCGGCGGCGCCAAUGGCGGAUUCAGAGCGGGCAGUACCUCGGAGAAAUCUCCGCGCUCUGCUUCCUCCACCUUCCUCCCCCCCUCUCCUCUCUCCCACUCCUCCUCGCCGGUUCCGGCUCGCAGGUAUCGCUGCUCGACCUGGAAUCCGGGGCCAUGCCGCGGACGUUCCACGUCUUCCGGGGGAUCCGCGUGCACGGCAUCGUCCUCGGCGGCGCCGAUCUCACUGGAGAAUCGUCGUCGUCUUCUACUUCGGCGCUCGAUCGCGCCGUGGCCGUGUACGGGGAGAGGAGGGUGAAGCUGCUUCGCUUGUCCGUGCGGGUCGGGAGGAGGGAAGCGCCGCAGGAGAGGGGAACCGUGUCGUCGGCGGAUUUGGAGUUGAUUUCCGCAGUGCCGAGGUUGAGCCACUGGGUUAUGGAUGUCCGCUUCUUGAAGGACGAUGGAACUUCUUCGGAUGAGCUGAAGAGGUGUCGUACUGUUGCUAUUGGAUGCAGUGACAACUCCGUACACCUUUGGGAUGUCGAUAAAUGUAGCUUGAUUCUUGCGGUUUCUUCCCCUGAGAGAUGCCUUCUGUACUCCAUGCGGUUGUGGGGUGACAAUCUUGAAGAUCUCCAAGUUGCAUCUGGAACGAUUUACAAUGAGAUUUUGAUCUGGAAAGUGGUUCCCCGUCAUGAUGCUCCAUCUUCGAUUGAGCCCACAGGAGAAGGCCUCAUAAACUCUCGUGCUUGCAACAGUCUCCUCCAUGAAUGUCUUCCCUAUGAAGCUUUUCACAUCUGUAGACUUGUUGGGCAUGAAGGUUCAAUAUUUCGAAUCGCAUGGUCCUCUGAUGGCUCCAAACUGGUCUCUGUAUCUGAUGAUCGUAGUGCACGUAUUUGGGAAGUUCAUUGCAAGUCGCGAUAUUCUAAAGAUGCAGGGGAGGUUGGAUUGCUUUUUGGCCACAGUGCUCGAGUUUGGGAUUGCUAUAUAUCUGAUAAUUUGAUUGUUACUGCUGGCGAGGAUUGCUCAUGUCGUGUGUGGGGACUGGAUGGACGACAGCAUGAGGUCAUUAGGGAGCACAUUGGAAGGGGUAUAUGGCGGUGUCUCUAUGAUCCAAGAUCUUCUCUCCUCGUCACUGGUGGUUUUGACUCUGUAAUUAAAGUGCGUAAACUGGAUGCUUCUUUAGUUGAGGCUUCUGCAAAACAGUCCAACAUAAAAGACUUAAGCGACGGAACUGAACUACUUACUACACAUCUUCCGACUUCGUCAAGUCAUAGCGGACACAUGGACAGCAAAAGCGAGUACGUCCGAUGCUUGAGCUUCUCACGUGAAGAUGCACUAUAUAUUGCCACUAAUCAUGGUUAUCUCUAUCAUGCUAAAUUAUGCAAUGAUGGUGAUCUAAGGUGGACUGAACUUGUUCGAGUAAGUAAUGAGGUGCCAAUUAUUUGUAUGGAACUGUUGCCCUCAAAUCCAUAUGAUCCUUGGAAUGAUGCUGAUGAUUGGGUUGCUCUUGGAGAUGGUAAAGGAUGGACAUCAGUUGUCAGAGUUGUAAAGAAUUCCGAUUCUCCUAAAGUGAGUGCCAGCUUCUCUUGGGCAGCUGAAAUGGAUCGACAGCUCUUAGGAAUCCAUUGGUGCAAGUCACUGGGACAUAGGUUCAUUUUCACUGCUGACCCUAGAGGAGCCUUGAAACUUUGGAGACUGUUCGAGGUUCCACAGUCUGGUUCUCUUUAUCCAGAAAACAAUCCACUAAUUUCCUUAAUCGCUGAGUUCAAAUCAGAUUUGGGAGCUCGAAUUAUGUGCUUGGAUGUGGCAUUUGAGAACGAGCUGCUGAUCUGUGGGGAUCUACGGGGUAAUCUGGUUCUGUUCCCUUUAUUGAAGGGCCUGUUGCUGGAUACCUUUGUCAUGUUAGCAGCAAAAAUAUCUCCAGUAAGCCAUUUUAAAGGAGCUCAUGGCAUCUCAGCAGUUUCCAGCAUUUCUGUGGCUCACAUGACCUUCAAUCACAUUGAAUUAUGUUCUACCGGAGCUGAUGGAUGCAUAUGCUAUAUGGAAUAUGACAAAGGUCUGCAAUCUUUGAAUUUUGUAGGGAUGAAGCAGGUGAAAGAAUUAAGCAUGAUUGAAUCUGUUUCCACUGAUAAUGAAUCUACCAGUGACAGAACAAGUGGCAGUUAUGCAUCUGGUUUUACAUCCACAGAUUUUAUAAUAUGGAACUUAGUUACCGAGGCUAAGGUCCUGCAAGUUUCAUGCGGCGGUUGGCGGCGUCCACAUUCUUAUUAUCUGGGUGAUGUACCAGAGAUGAAGAACUGCUUUGCAUAUGUCAAGGAUGACAUUAUUUACAUCCAUAGACACUGGACAAUGGACUCAAAGGACAAGAUACUCCCUCAAAAUCUACAUUUGCAGUUCCAUGGAAGGGAGGUGCAUUCUUUAUGCUUUGUUACUGGAGAUUUCCAUCUCAGAAAAAAUAGACAAUCAAGUUGGAUUGUAACUGGUUGUGAGGAUGGGACAGUGAGGCUGACUAGGUAUACUCUAUGCACUGACAAUUGGUCUUCAUCCAAAUUACUUGGAGAGCAUGUUGGUGGAUCCGCUGUCAGAUCGAUAUGUUGUGUCUCGAAUAUAUAUACAACCUCAUCAGAUACGAACGUGUCUGAUAUAGAGGAUAUAGAGAACCUCCCGAAGGAUCUAAAGGGAACUCUCAUGGAGGAUGAACAUAAUCCAUCUUUGCUUAUUUCUGUUGGUGCAAAGCGAGUUCUGACUUCUUGGCUGCUGAGAAGAGGAAAACCAGAUGGGAAAGAAGAUGGUGUUACUGAUUUACGAUUACAGGAAGCCAUAAAUGGCUCAUUGCCUUCAUCAGCUGGGUCCUCUACAUUUUCAUUCCAAUGGCUUUCCACGGACAUGCCAGUUAAGUAUUCAGUGCCUUCCAAAAAACCAGGAAGCAUUAAAAAGCAGAAUGUAAGAUGUAAAUCACUUCUGCCUGAAAGUGAGGCUCUGCAGUCGAAAGUAUCUUCAGGUGAUAAAAAUGAAGAUGACUGGAGAUACCUAGCUGUCACUGCUUUUCUCGUUAGACAUUCUGGUUCAAGGUUAACUGUCUGUUUUAUGGUUGUGGCUUGUUCAGAUGCUACACUUGCAAUACGAGCUCUCGUCUUGCCCUAUCGUCUGUGGUUUGAUGUUGCUCUGAUGGUACCUCUAUCAUCACCAGUUCUAUCAUUGCAACAUGUCAUCAUUCCACAACUAUCAGAUGAAAAUGUGCAGAUUGGGAAUGUAUGUGUCGUGGUUAGCGGAGCCACUGAUGGGAGUAUUGCCUUCUGGGAUCUGACUGAAAGUGUUGAAGCUUUUAUGAGGCGGUUGUCAAAUAUCCAUCUAGAACAGCUCAUGGAUUGUCAGAAACGGCCACGGACUGGGAGAGGAAGCCAGGGUGGAAGAUGGUGGAGGUCGCUAAGCAAAGUUGCUCGUGCAGAACAGCCAAUCAGUGAUCCUGUUACUGUGAAAGCUAUAAAGGAACUAAACGGGAAGUUGACUGGUGAUGUUGCCUCCGGGUCUUCAUCUUCUAUGCUAGAUGCCUCCCCUGAGUUAGAUAGCAAAGCAGCUAAUUCCUUAUUCGAGAUUAUUGAAGUAAAUCCUAUUCAUGUUCUUAAUGGUGUUCACCAAUCUGGCGUGAAUUGUCUCCAUGUUUGUGAAACAAAACUUGGCCAAAGUUCCAAUGGUCGUUUUCUGUACCAAUUAGUCAGCGGUGGUGAUGACCAAGCACUUCAUAUUCUUGAAUUUGAGGUGUUGGUACAGACUCCAGUCCAAGAUCCAGUUGUUCCAAGUUCAGACGUCAGUAAUUCUAUACUCGUGGAGGAAUUUCUUCAUGAUGAGCAGAACCAGAAAACCAAGUGGACGAUUGAAUUCAUUUCUCAAGAAAAAAUAGCUUCUGCUCACAACUCCGCUGUAAAAGGCGUUUGGACAGACGGCACUUGGAUUUUCUCGACUGGUCUUGAUCAGCGGGUCAGGUGCUGGAUUAGCAAGGAACAGGGUACACUAACGGAGUUUGCUCAUUUCAUCAUUAGUGUGCCAGAGCCAGAAGCGUUGGAUGCAAGAUCCUUUGGCCGGGACCAGUACCAGAUAGCAGUAGCUGGAAGAGGGAUGCAGAUGAUCGAAUUUCACUCGCCUUCUUCUGAGAUUCGGUAACAGCAAUCAAAGCUUUUCCCUUUCCUUUCUUUCUUCCCUUCUAAAGAUUCUUCGGGGCAAAGCCAAAAGGUUUAUCCCUCAUUGGAUUCGAUAUAUAAACUGAGAUAGCAUCUUACACGUUUUAAAUGGCCCAUCAACAGUGAAUUGCAUCUACCUGUCAGCUCACUUUUACUGGGUAUCUCUCAACAUGUACCUGUCUA